AUGACCGAAACUCAAAAAGCUCUGCUCCUCGACAAGAAGUUUGGCGAUUUUUUCGUUGGUACCACCGAGAAAUACAAGCCCGGCCCCGAUGAGAUCCUAAUCAAAGUCCAGUCGGCGGCGUUAAAUCCAGUGGACUGGAAGAUACAACGAUACGGUGCCAUCAUCGAGAAAUUCCCUGCUGUUCUUGGGGUAGAUAUUGCGGGAGAUGUGGAGGACGUUGGUGAAGGCGUCACGAAGUUCAAAGUCGGAGAGCGGAUAUUCUGUCAUACUGAGUGGACGAAGAGCCCUCACGCUGCAUUCCAGCAAUACGCAAUUUCUUUGGCAGUGACAGCGGCGAAGAUUCCCUCUAAUAUUUCUUAUGAUCAAGUGGCCACAAUCCCUGCCGUUCUAUCCACUGCCUAUCUUGGGUUAUACAACAAGAAACCGCAUGGUGCGGGGCUCACCCCUCCUUUCACCCCAGCCGGCGAAGGGAAAUACAUCGGCGAGCCUCUCAUUGUGAUUGGAGGAGCCAGCUCUGUCGGCCAGCUCACCAUCCAGCUCGCCCGCCUGUCGGGAUUCUCGCCCCUCAUUGUGACCGCUUCCCUUAAGCACACCGACUUCUUGAAAUCUCUCGGCGCGACUCACGUCCUCGACCGUAACCUUCAGCUGGACGCUGUUAGGGAAGAGUUGGACAAGAUCACUGGCGGUAAAGCAGUCAAAAUCGUAUACGAUGCAAUCUCUCUCGCGGCUACCCAGAAGCUAGCAUGGGAUUUAGUCGGCCCUGGCGGACAGCUUAUUGUUGUCCUCUCGGCCGAGGUGGAGCCGGAGGAUGGCAAAGUUAUCGUCUCCGUCCUUUCAGGGCUUAGAAUGCCGAACAACCUUGAACCGUUGGAAGAAUUGUACAACAGGCAUAUCGCUGGAUUGCUUGAAAGAGGAGUUAUCAAGCCCACGAGAGUCGAGGUUCUUCCAAACGGGUUGUCAGGUAUUCCGGAGGGCCUGAAGAGGAUGCAGGCUGAUCAAGUAUCGGGAGUUAAACUCGUUGCUCGUCCACAAGAGACUGCUUGA